GAUCUGUUUGCACUUAAGUCUGUUCUAGUUCACAGCUCCUGAAUAACUAUUGAAAUUUCUGAAAUAUAUUUUUUUUGUCAAAAUGUCGGACGACGGAUCUGAUAUAUUCCAAGACCUUGAAAGCUACGAGCCCUAUACAGAAGGUAGCCAAAACAAUAGUGACGAAGCAACUGCAGUGGGGCCUCUCGAUACCUCUGAGGACGCUCGCUUCUCCGAGCAGGUAUUCUCGAACAUUCAGGAGCGUCUGAACCGAAUCAUUAAUCGCAUUAGCAUGGCCAACUCUGCCGUGGUCCAGAUGAAGAGGAAGCUCCAUGCUCGAAUUCCAUCCGUACCUGUUGGCGAAAACGCCGACCAGUUGGCUGGAGGCGAUAAUCCAAUGCGAUUUGAAAACGUCGAACAAGAAAACGAAACCACCAACCAAUGAUAUAAGAACAUUUUUAUAUUUCUCAUUUUCAAAAAUGUAUAAAUUUAUUGUAUUUAUUUAUUGUUAUUGUUAUUGAAGCCCAUUUAACAAAUCACAAACAGACCCGAGUUAAUUGUUAAAAAAUUAUGCAUUAACACAAGCCAAGGAUUCGAAAACUAAGCGCAUAUAAUAAACUGAGCAAUGAGCAAAAGC